GGGCGGAUGUGACCGUGCCGUUCUCCUCCUCCUCCUCCAUCCAUGAGCUACUGGAAUCAGGGCCCGUUAUACACGAGGAGCUCCCAUCAGCUUAUCCGCUGUUAAUUAUAGCCAGCGACCUGGUUUCAGCACUGCAGGGACUCAACAGCUCCCGCAGAACUCAAGUCUUUGCGCUUAUAGAGGAGAGGCGCUGAGAGCGCGCGGCAUCCAGCCAACACCAGCGCGCGCCACAAAACCAAACCAACGGUGCCGUUCAUCUUCACAGAGGACAACACAGAAGAAAACAUAUCAAAACUAUAUACGACAAUUCGGAAACCAGCUAAAGGAUGGCGUCAAUACGCGUAGGGUUUGUGGUUGUCCUUGUUGUGAUAUCGCAGAUCAGCGCGUUUCCCACACCUGCCGGACCCGACGAUAAGAGCAUGUACAACCGAGAGCUGACUGAGGAGAAGCCAUUAGAACAGCAGAUUGCAGAAGCUGACAGCAUCAGGAAGACAGAACCCAAGGCAACACCACCAGCUGAGGCAGAAUCAAACUCAGAGGACGAUGACAUCACUUUCCUCAAGUCUCUGGCCGAGAAGUCCAAAGAGUCAAACAACGAGACUCCCAUCUCAGAUUCUGAGGAUGGGCGAUACGGUUCUGAUGAGGCCGACUCUACUAAGAACAGACGACUAGCUGAAGACUAUGACUCUACUAAAAAUGUAAUGGACUACAAAUACCAAGAUGAUCCUGAAAGCUUUCGGCAGCUGGACGGGACUCCGCUAACAGCUCAGGACAUCGUCCAGAAAAUCGCCAACAAAAUCUACGAAGAGGAUGACAGAGGAGUGUUUGACAGAAUUGUGUCUAAACUGCUCAAGCUGGGCCUAAUCACAGACAGUCAGGCAGAGACGCUGGAGUAUGAAGUUGCUGAAGCCCUGCAGGAUCUGAUCACUAAAAACGCCAAAGAGAACAUGAUUGGAGACCUCAAUAUGGACUACCCCGUAAACGCAGCUAAAGAAACACAGAACAAUAUGGGGGACUUUAAGGAAGAGGAAGACAGGCCCAGCCGACGAUACGAGGAAGAGGAUGAAGGGGAUAAUGAUGGUGGCGAUGAUGAUAAUGGUGAUGAAGAACCGGAGGAGGAGAGUAGAGAUGACACAGUGAGGGCAGAUGAUUCAUGGGACGCCGUGAGCGACGGGAAUGACAGAAAUGAACUGAACCCUGAAGACGGACUUCAGGACCUUCAGUUCUUUCCCAACUUCUACAGACUCCUAAAGAGCCUUGACUCAGAGCAAGAUAAAGAGGAGAGAGAAACCCUGAUCACCAUCAUGAAGACCUUGAUCGACUUUGUGAAGAUGAUGGUCAAAUAUGGAACCAUCACACCUGAAGAAGGAGUGUCUUAUCUGGAAAAUCUGGAUGCAAUGAUUGCCCUGCAGACCAAGAACAAACUGGGCAAAUCUCUGGUUCCUCUCAGCAUUACGCCACCUACAGGAAAAGCAGCGGAUGAUGAUGACAACACCAAAACAGAAGCUGCCAAGAUGCAGAAGGAGUAUGAGUCCUUGAAAGACUCAACCAAAGAUGUCCAGGCUGCUGCAGAAAUCAGUCAUCCCGGGAAGUCUGAGAGUUAUCUGGAUGCAAUCAGGAAGAACAUUGAAUGGCUGAAAAAGCACAACAAGGAAGGCAACAAAGAAGAUUACGACCUCUCUAAGCUGAGGGACUUCAUGGACCAGCAGGUGGACGCGUACAUCGAUAAAGGCAUCCUCGAGAAGGAGGAAGGUGAUGUCAUCAAGAGAAUCUACGGAAGCCUGUAGGAGCCAGAACAGCUUCACAUGUUAUAGUGUAACAGCGAGUCUACUAAAUACUUCGACCGGGCAUACUAACACAGAUCCUAAUGCUAUAACUCCUAAUAAAUAAGAUUUAGUCUGCAACUCAGACAGUAUUUCCUCCUGAAGGCAAUAUCCUCUCUUAGUGCAGUCAGCAAUAGGAAGCAAUCUAGUUCUAGACAAGCCACAAAUCACAUUUGAGUUGUAAGUGUUUUUACACAUUAGGACAGAAUAACAGCAUUGGCUACCUAGAAGAAUGAAAUUUAGUGGACUUUUUUGUAUGACUUGCAUAGAAGCUUUUGCACCUCUUUUGCAAUAGACUUUUACAGUAUCAUAAACAUAUAACAUUCAUAAAUGUAUGGUGUAUAGCAUUUUUUCCUCUUUUGAUCUGAUUUGAUGAAGGAAAUCAACCUGUAUUAUUGUUUCUCAAUCAACCAAAAAAUCAGCUUUGACUGUCAGUGAAUUGCUUUUCCUCUUUUGUUGUUUUCUCUCCCAGUCAAUAUGGGGCAGUCUUUAUAUCUUUAUAUCUCCCAUCUCUAUCUUAAGUUUGGUUUUCUUGGUUUUGCUUCACUAUUCGACUCUGUAUAUUCCUCAUGCUAUAGAUUCACAAAAAUCGAGUAUUUUUAAAUGUACAUAUUGUGAUUUUUUCCAAAACUCUAUUAAACAUUGCCUUUCUUUAAAUACGUAA